AUGGAAAUAUCUGACGAAAAAAGCAAAAAUUCUUCGGCUACUUUAUCCCUGGAGCCUUCCAAAAACAAAUGAUCGCAUAAGCCUCAGUUAAUAAUAUGCCAAAAUUGCGAUUACAAAGGUUUUAGCAAGUGCGAGUACGAUAGUGGUUUCAUUGCCUGACUGGUAUGCGGGACAUGCAUUUUAGUAGGCUGUGUCUUUGGAUGCUGUAUGUGUCCUUUUUGUAUUGCUGGUCUUAAAAUAUGCACCCACAUAUGUCCCCAUUGUAAUAAAGUUGUGGGAGCUCAUUAUCCUGGCAAAGUGUAG